UAUGUUCCGUAUCCUCUCUCCCUCCACUGGCUUUCAGCACUGCUCCUUCAAAAUGUUCUGGACACACAAGAGGAUCUUUACUAUCUCACAUGCACACGGACAGACAAUUCUAUCUGUAUGUCAGAGGAAUUCUGGACCAGAGAAUGUGCUUUAAACUUCUUCAGCUCUCCUGUUCACUGCUCAAAGCUGAGAUUCUGCUACCUCUGAAGAGAUUAGAAGCAAUGAAGAUGUUUUGUGUUGUUUAGCUGCUUAGGGAGCCAUAAGCCUUAAAACCUUAGAGCUGAGCUGAGGCACUGUGCUAGGAUGGGAGGAAAGGAAUCGAAGGAACCCACAAGCAAGGACAUGAAACUUGUAGGAAGAAAGAGUGCAGCAUGUGAGGAAACCCUGACAUCAUCCGACAGGAUCCGCAAGCACAUUGUGAUGCAAUUUGGUUACAAGGUGCUGAGCUUGGCUCGACAAGGUAUGAUUGCACCUCCUGAUGAGCUAUGGGAGCUCAUAGAACUGCAGAAGCUUAAUUUGUCCCUGAACUGCUUAUGUUUCUUGCCUUCCUGUGUCGCACUCCUUCAGAACCUGGUUGUACUUAAUUUGUGGGGUAACCAGCUCACCAGUCUGCCCCCUGAGAUCGGGCAACUCAGGAACCUAAAGGUGCUCUUCGCAUACUGCAACCAUCUGACUGAAGUCCCUGAGGAGCUAGGCUCCUGUACAAAGCUGGAGGUCUUGAGCUUGGCAAACAACCAGCUCACGAGUCUCCCAGAUAGUCUGUCUGCUCUCACGAACCUGCAGAAGCUCAACCUAAGCCACAACAAUAUUAUGUAUGUCCCAGCAUGUGUCUAUUCCAUGAAAAAGCUGGUCUUCUUGCAAGUGGCCUGUAAUAGGCUGGAGAACAUCGCAGAGCAUAUCCAAGCACUGGCUGAUCUAAAGAUCCUUAUUGUGGAAGAGAACUGUAUUCAUUGUCUGCCAAAGAUGCUCUGCUGUCUGACCAAGUUAGAACUGCUCAACGUGGAUUAUAAUGACAUUCAAAACGUUCCUGCUGAAAUGUACCAACUGAACAGGCUGGAGAAACUAGCUUCUCAUCCACUGGAUAAAGGACUCCAUAUCAUGCAUAACCCUCUGAUCAAGCCAAUUAAAGAGGUGUUAGAUGGAGGUCUGCAAGCUCUUUAUAACUACCUCAAGGCCAACUGAAAUGCUGUGCCGUGAGAAAUUAAAAGCGGACUAUUUGAUUAUUUGGACUAUUUUUCUUUUAAGGACAUUCAUAUAUAUUUGGGAAUUCAUAAAUUGCUCAAGGGUUAUGUUAGCUAAUGGAGUUUUCCACUGCUUUAUUAAGAAUAUGAAAAAGACAAUUAUCGCUAAUGUCUUUAAUAGGAUGACCAGAAUUGAGAAAUGUCAAGUCAUGCUAAAAGUUGCGAAUGAACACAAAUGUACAAUUAAUAUUCUUAAUGCUAUAGGGACUAAUGGUAGAGGCAAAACAACAUAAAAGGACGGCGUGGACCUCCUGGCAAAGAGGAGAACAGUGUGUGAGCGCUUGCUGGCUUGGUUAUUAAAGUGUAAAAAGAUCCCUCUGAGUAUGUGAAGGUUGCUGAUACUGAAAUCUUUUCAUUCUGCAGUGCCAGGACUUGAGGGCACGUUUAAGGUUCCCAGGAGCAUGUUAAACAAAGGGCACCAGCUUGGCAGUUGUGCUAAACAAGCACUGGACUUCUUCUCCUUUGUGCAGCACUGAGUUCAUUUGGAACUGUCUGUGAACUUGCUGACUCAGUCACGUUGACCCUUGUUGUCCACAGUCUUUUCUUGAAAGAAGAGAUGCAAUUAUAACUGGCCUCUACCAUUUUAUACAAGUGUUGAACGUGUGUUGGAGUACAACGCAGAGACAUUUCAAUUACUACAAAAGAAAGGUCAGUGGUGCAUCCUGUUGAAAAGUACAGGGCCUUUUAUUUGAAGGGCAUUGGGCUUAUUUUCCCAAACGUUAUGUACUAUAUAAUUUCAUCAAAAACAAGAAGAAAAUCAGUAAGAGUGAUCAGAAUUUUUUCAUAUAACUAGACAUCUAUUGCUGGUACGUCUGAGUACCGUGUAGUGAGUAUACUCGAAAUAAGCUUACGGAUUUUGCCAUAUUUUAUAUAGUAAAUUUUUGUUUUGUAAAAUAUACUAUACAGUUACAAAGGAGGGGGCAUUCAAUCAAUCAGUUCAAUGAUUUCUUCAGGGUUAACUGUUUAACAUAAUUUUUUCUCAGGUUUUUAGUAAAUGUUAUUUACUAAAUGUCCUUAAAGAAUUUGGACAACUGCACACUUCCAGCACCAACAGUAACAUGUCUAAGCUACAAUGUUUUGUUCAGUUGGUGUUAAUUUAGGUUUCAUUGCUUCCCAUUAUUCUCUCUUCUCUUCAGUCCUUAUAAUCCUUUCUUUUACACAAGGAGCUUGAACCUUGUUUUUUUCUUAUUUUGAGGUGACUUUUAAUACAAUUUCUAGGACACAUGCAUACAUUAGGCUGAAAUUUCACCAUACAAGACUACUCUGGACUUGUGUGAAUGUGUAAGAUUCAGUUAGUUCACCACGUACAUUUUCAAAUUAAAGCUUAUUUAUCUUGAUCUUAUAAUAUAUUAUCUAUUGCUUGUCCAAAAUCUUUGAAGCGCAUGGUUAGAGAAUUGAAUUUUUUCCCCACGAUGCAUAAUUGUCUUAAUGUUUAAAUCUUAAUGUUUCUUUAAAAAGUUUAGAUAAUUAGAGUACCAUUACUACAAUAAAUGUCAA